AUGGUCCCCGCCGUUAUCGACACAAUCGGCUCACUCCGCAACCCCUCCCCCGCUCCAGAUCACCUCUCUCCAACUCUCCAAUUACAACCACCAAAACAUCCCUGCUCAGCCACCAUGCCUCUCAUCGCACAGAAUCCAUUGCCGCGGGUGAUUCUCGGGCUUAUGACCUUUGGCCCCAAUCCCGCCAAAGGUGCCCGUAUCACCUCGCUGGACGAAUACAAGAAAUCUUUGGAUUAUUUCCAACAGCAAGGAUUCAAUGAGGUCGACACUGCCCGGAUCUACAAUGGUGGUGAACAGGAAGCUUUCACAGCUCAGGCUGGUUGGAAGGAGCGUGGUCUGAGUAUUGCUACGAAAUGGUACCCCAAUUCUCCGGGCUUCCACAAGCCCGCCGUCUUGCGUGAGAACUUUGAGAAGUCCUUGAAGGAAUUGGACACGAAUAUGGUUGAAAUCUUCUAUUUGCAUGCUCCGGAUCGAUCAGUACCUUUCUCAGAGACCUUGGAAGAGGUCAACAAGCUCCACAAGGAGGGCAAAUUUGUUAACUUUGGUUUGAGCAACUUCGCUGCCUUUGAGGUAGCUGAAAUUGUUACUCUUUGUAACGAAAGAGGCUGGGUUCGCCCGACCAUCUUCCAGGCCAUGUACAAUGCCAUCACUCGCAAUAUUGAGGUUGAGUUGGUUCAUGUCUGUCGUCGUUAUGGCAUUGAUAUUGUCGUCUAUAACCCACUGGCUGGUGGUCUUCUCUCUGGAAAGUACAAGACCAUCGAUGUGCCCGCAGAGGGACGUUUUGGAAAGAACAGCUCCACGGGGAACAACUACCGCAACCGCUACUUUAGAGAUUCGAACUUUGAAGCCCUUAGCGUCAUUGAACCGGUUGUUGAGAAGCACGGAUUGACCAUGGUCGAGACUGCGCUUCGCUGGGUCCACCACCACUCGGCUUUGAAGAUCGGUAACGGUGGUCGCGAUGGCAUUCUUAUUGGUGUCAGCAGCUUCUCUCAGCUGGAAACCAACCUUGCAGAUGUGCAGAAGGGACCUCUUCCGGAGGAAGUUGUGGCGGCGCUUGACAAGGCUUGGCUCAUUACUAAGCCCUAUUCUCCGCCCUACUGGCACUUGGAUCUCAAGUACACUUAUAACACUCAAGAAGCUCUUUUCAAGCCUAAGGCUUAG